AUGGCGUACCGGUGCUACACAAACGUUUAUGGGGGCACCUACUGCCGUUCGACAUGGGACCGCUGGGGAAGAUGGGUACUGUUGGGAGUCCUCGUCGCCGCAGCAAUCCUGGUAUUCCUGAUAUCCGCGUAUGUAAUGCCAGUUUCGAAAGAAACAGACAAUCAUUCACAUUCCCCCCAAUGUAUGCUGACCACCCUCCAAGAUGUAUCAUGUCCCGAAGGCGUAGAAAGGCCGGCAAGACACCGCUCUACGGCACUGGAUGGGUUCCAGGAAGUGGCAAACCAACCUACCCGCAACAGCAAAAUACUUACGGCAACAAUUAUCAAAUGGGUCAACAACAGUACCCGACUCAGUCGACCAACAACGCCCCUCCCCAGUACAACCAAUCUGGUGGAGCCGCGAAUGAGUACUACUCGAACGGCAAUGUGAACAAUCAAUAUGCGCAGCCAGGACAGUAUCAACCUCCGGCGCAGCCGCCACCAGCGCAUCAGAGGCCCACGGGAUGGCAGUAG